AGGAAAAGCAGCAGACUGCAAGCUACUGUGAUGGGCUGCUUUUGAAAAGACACAAAUACACAUAAAUCUUAAAUAGAGACGAUUAAAAACAUACCAUAUCCCGAAGGAGCGUCCGACCCUUGAAUUUAACUGUAUUGACAGAAUGGCGAGGAAAGGUUGGGAUGAGAAGCCCGUGGAACAUGCUGUAAUAUCACAGUAAAGCACAAGCUUGUUUCUUCAGUAUUUACCUGAUACAUGAAAAUGGCAUCAAGAAAUGAAAUAUAAGACAUUUACUAAAGUUUAGGUCAAGUGGUGAAAGCUUUGGGACCGUCAGCGCUUCUUGUAGUGGGAAGUGAGCUGACGAUGUCAGGGGUACCAACCCCUCCCCCUCCAGGGGAGAUGUCCGGUGGCCCUGUGGCCGAGAGCUGGUGCUAUACCCAAGUCAAGGUUGUGAAAUUUUCCUACAUGUGGACCAUAAACAACUUUAGUUUCUGUCGAGAAGAAAUGGGUGAAGUAUUGAAGAGCUCUACCUUCUCCUCAGGGCCUAAUGAUAAGAUGAAAUGGUGUCUGCGGGUCAAUCCGAAGGGGCUUGAUGAUGAAAGUAAAGAUUAUCUAUCACUAUAUUUGCUACUAGUUAGUUGUCCAAAAAGUGAAGUCAGAGCCAAGUUCAAAUUUUCUUUACUGAACGCUAAAAGAGAGGAGACAAAAGCUAUGGAAAGCCAAAGAGCCUAUCGGUUCGUCCAAGGCAAAGACUGGGGCUUUAAGAAGUUUAUUAGGAGAGAUUUUCUUCUUGAUGAAGCAAAUGGGCUGCUACCAGAUGAUAAGCUCACGUUAUUUUGUGAGGUAAGUGUUGUCCAGGAUUCUGUGAACAUCUCCGGACAAUCCAACAUGAACAUGCUGAAGGUUCCGGAAUGCCAGCUGUCCGAUGACCUGGGUAAUUUGUGGGAGUGCUCACGAUUCACAGACUGCAGUCUUUUUGUGGGGGGGCAGGAGUUCAAAGCCCACAAAUCCAUCCUGGCAGCGAGAUCACCUGUCUUUAAUGCCAUGUUUGAACAUGAAAUGGAAGAGAGUAAAAAGAACCGGGUGGACAUCAGUGAUGUAGAACCAGAGGUUUUUAAAGAAAUGAUGGGCUUCAUAUACACAGGGAAAGCACCAAAUUUAGAGAAAAUGGCAGAUAGUUUAUUAGCAGCAGCUGAUAAAUACGCUCUAGAGCGUUUAAAGGUCAUGUGUGAGGAAGCCCUUUGCAACAGUCUCUCGGUGGAGAACGUGGCAGACACCCUCAUCCUGGCCGACUUGCACAGCGCCGAGCAGCUCAAAGCACAGGCCAUAGAUUUUAUCAACAGGUGCAGUGUCCUCCGACAGCUGGGCUGUAAAGAUGGGAAAAACUGGAAUAGCAAUCAUGCCACAGACAUAAUGGAGACCGCAGGCUGGAAGUCAAUGAUCCAGUCUCAUCCUCACUUAGUGGCGGAGGCUUUCCGUGCACUCGCGUCAGCACAGUGCCCCCCCUUUGGCCUGCCAAGGAAGCGCCUAAAACAGUCCUGACAAUGUUACUGCUGCACUCUGGGGCCUGUCCUGGGGCAGAAGCCAGAAAACUGCAGAGUUUUGACUCUAUCCCAUCGUCCUUCAGCCCAACAGCAUGUGACUGGGACAGGCUGGCUUCUAAAUAUCAGCAAAAACUGUUCACCAUUCUCAAGCGACAGGUUUGGCAUCUGAUCUUUAUUUCGCAAAUCUUUCUAUCUCUUCAAACAGCCUUAAACUAUCUGCCAUGACUCUUGUGUGGAGUAUUUGAAUUCUUUCAGUUCUACUCUGUGCCUGCCUUGUCCCAUGAGACCAGGCCUCUUCCCUGUUGCACUAGUUCCCAAAGUCUUGCUGGUUCGAUAUGGAAUUCUCUAGGAAUAUUUCAAGAGUUUGCUCUAUGGGAAAUAAAAUAUAUUCCUAAAGUUUAGUUGUACAACUAGGCAUUAAAUAAAUGUUAACAUGAUGAGUGCAAGGAAAUUUCUUUACACUUUAUAAAAAGAUUGCUAUGCCCCAUAUUGAUGGCACGAUUUCUAUGUAAAGACACAGUUUAAUGAUGUGGGGAGUAAAAAAUACUAGUACUAUUCCAUAUUGUGGGAAAGUUAUAUGCAUUUCAAAUAUUUGUAUUGAUGUGUGUAACAAAUGGAAUUUUUGUUUGUGUCACGCCCCAUGAGCUAUGAAGAACAUUCAAAGUGUCAUCUAGUAUUCGAUUACACAAUUUUUCGAGCGAAUGCAUUUUUAAACUCAGUAGUGUUGCUUUCCUGGAAUUGGUCUACACAGACAAGUAGUUUGAAGUUGUCUGUUAUUAGUAAGGUGAAAUGUUGGCCCAAAAUUGCAUUUGUGUAAACUGAUUGAAGUUUAGUCAAGACAAUCCAUCUUCCAACACAUUGUCCUCUGUAAUCAGGAAAUAUUUGGAUGCUGAGCAUCAGAGUGUGGCAUUAUUACUGUGUCAUAUUAUUGGAUUGGUGGAUGUGUGAGAAAUAAAUAGAUCAGUUGUCAUACAGUAUCUAUUGCAGAUUAUUUUCCCGUGGUGGUACAGUUGAACUGACAUACUAUUUCGGAGAAAUCUUUACAUUGUGUCACGCUAGACUUGUUCUGUGAAAGGACAUGCUUUGUGAAGAUUCUGGAAUUUGUUCCGUCUUUUAAUGUCUGCCACAAUGCCUGCAUUAACUCAUUAAAAAAGUUUUUCAG